CACUUUUAGCACGUGUGUGAUCCGAAUUUCCGUAUUCUGUGUGUGUUUUUGUACGGUGUUGUGGUGAUCUACGCGCGCGGUGGACAGUCUUCACAUAAUUCUUAACUCAAUCUCAUGUUUUUUAGUUUGUAGCUUUCAUUUGACAUUCUACCACCAGCACUGCAUAAUUAGAAUUAGACAAAGAUGAGUGGGAAACAACCUGAUGUAACGCAUGUUAUCUUCGACAUGGAUGGGCUUUUACUCGAUACAGAGGAUCUGUACACAGUUAUAUAUCAUGAACUAUUUCAUGAGCAUGGACUUCCAGAAUACACAUGGGAGCUGAAACAGAGACUAAUGGGUCGUAAAGCAAUAGAAGCUGCACAGAUAGUCAUUGAUGAAACUGGGCUCCAAUUGAAACCAGAGGAAUGGGUCGAGCUUGUGAGCAAAAAGAGUGAUACAGUCUUCGCAUCAGCUGAGCUUAUGCCAGGAGCUGAGAAACUUGUUUGUCAUCUCUUCAAAAAUAAGGUUCCCAUUGCCGUGGCAACAGGCUCCUCAAGUCGUCUACUUGGACUAAAAACAACAAGACAUAAAGAGUUCUUCAAGAUGUUUCAUCAUAUAGUAUGUACGGGUGAUGACCCUGAGGUCAAACGAGGCAAGCCAGCACCAGAUCCAUACCUUAUUGCAUUACAGAGAUUCCAAGGAGAUAUACCUCCUGCAAAUAAAGUUCUUGUCUUUGAGGAUGCUAUCAAUGGUGUUAUAUCUGGCAAGGCUGCUGGGAUGAAUGUAGUAUGUGUACCUGACCCAAGAAUGGACAAGUCACUUGCUCAUGAUGCUGAUUUGGUUGUCACAUCAUUAGAAGAUAUUGUGCCAGAGGAGUGGGGACUACCACCAUAUGAUCAAAGUCUUUGAGUAUAAAUCAUAUCAACUCCUUUCAGAUGUGAGGUUUUAGUUAUAAAUAUGUUUGCAAUAAACCCAGUACAAUCAUUGUGUGUGGUGAGCGUGAAUGAGGUGAGAUUCCUAUGUACUCAAGUGCAGUGUUUGUAUGGUUGAGACUGAGACUUAAGUUCAGUGCUUGCAUGGUUUCAGGAGGCUUGAUUCAGUAUGACUGGGGUUCAUUGUACUGUUUCCCUACUCCCUUUUUAAUUUCCAACAAAUUGGUUAUUAUACAAAACUUAAAAAAUUUACAUUUAAAGACCUGCUUGAACGAAUAUGUCAAGUCGUAACUUUUGGUGGAAUUCACUUAAAAUGUUUUCAAAGAAUGGUGAAAUCGAGUCAUAUGACUAUAAAAAGAUUUCAAUUGUGUAAA